UGAAAGGCAGAAUGUCGGAAAGCUCUGUUUCAGAGAGCCCGUCUCGCUGUUCCGCCAUGAUUAAGUCUCUGAGCGUGUCGUCCGACGGCUCCUUCCCCCCGCUGGAGGACGACGUGGACUCGGUCUGCUCCGACGAGCUGCUCGGCUCCCAGUCCCGCAGCUGGCUCGCGGACCUCUUGAAGAGCGGUGACGUGCUGCCGGAGAGCGGCACGGUCGGCCGGGACGGGCUGUUCGUGGACUACCACUUCCCCCUGGGGGAGCUGGAGAUGCAGGCCGGGGUCACGUGGAAACGACCAAAGGAGCUCACCUCGUCGCCCCAGUUCAUCAUAGAUGGAGCCACGCGCCUGGACCUCCGCCAGGGAAAGCUCAAUGAUUGCUGGUUGCUCUCGACCAUCGCGUCCCUCUCCAUGCAUCGCUUCCUGCUCAAUAAGGUCAUGCCGGAAGGGCAGAGCUUCCAAGACGGAUACAAGGGCUGCUUCAUCUUCUGUUUCUGGCAGUACGGUCAGUGGGAGGAGGUGAGGAUUGACGACUUGUUGCCGACUCAGAACAACAGUCUGAUCUACCUCAGCUCCCCAGAGAGACACGAGUUCUGGAGCUCCCUGCUGGAGAAGGCCUACGCCAAGCUGAAAGGUGGCUACAGAGCUCUGGACAUGGGCUUCCCUCAUGAGGCCAUGGUGGAUAUGACGGGCGGCGUGGCCGAGGUGCUGAACAUCUCCUCGCUGCCCCGAGACCUGCCAGCCUUCUUCAGACACCUGCUGGCUAAAGGAGCGCUCAUCAACUGUGCCAACUGCCAGGGUCCUUUGGAGCAAAGGGAUGAGCUGGGGAUCAUGUUCCGACAUGCCUACUCUCUGACUGCAGUAGAGGAGGUGGAGACGACACACGGCACCAAGGAUCUGGUGCGCCUCCUUAACCCCUGGGGCAACACAGAGUGGGAGGGGCCCUGGAGCGACCUGAAAGGUCCAGAGUGGAUGACGGUGAGCAUGGAGGAGCAGAACAGGCUGGACAGAGUGAAACGGGAGGACGGGGAGUUCUGGAUGUCGGUGUCAGACUUCCGACAGCACUUUGAGAUGAUUGAGGUGUGUCACCUGACGAACGCUCUCAGCAAACCAGGGUCCAGCGUGCGGCCGUGGUGCUGCGUAAUGCAUCAUGGGAACUGGGUGCCGAACAACACGGCGGGAGGCUCCGCCCAAGGGGGUUUGUUCUGGCAGAACCCUCAGUACUACUUCACCCUGUCGGAGGUGGACAGCGGCACAGCCAACUCUCACAGGACCUGCUCCUUCGUUUUGAGUCUGAUGCAGAAAUACCAGAGACGUAGGGGCGUUAACCUGGCGAUAGCCCUGCAUAUAUACCCGGCCCAUCCCAAGAACACAUACCUGUCCCCCGAGGACCUGAGAGGGCGCCGCCCGGUCCUCUGCUCCCCCAACUACUCCACGCACCGGGAGGUGGUGCUCCGCGGCUCCCUCCCGCCGGGCCGCUACAUCAUCAUCUCUUCAACCGCCGAGGCCAAUCAGCAGGGAGCGUUCCUCCUCCGGGUGCUGACGGAGCAGGGCAACGCUGCCACUCCAUCCCACAAACCGCCACUCGACAGCCCUCCAUCAACAGAGCAUUCAUUUCCCCACGAGGCUGCUCUCCCCUCACUUAAAUCCAUCAAACAGCUGUUCAAGAAGCACUGCCACAAGGGGCUUUGCAAACCGGUGCAGCUCCACAACCUGCUGAACGAGGCCUUACAGGGAGGAGUGUUGGCCGGCAGCGAGAAGUACUUAGUCCUGGAGCACUGCAAGAGCCUGGUGGUCCUCAUGGACAGCCAAGGCAACGCUCGGCUGAACUGGCCGGACUUCCAGGGCCUGUGGGACAAGAUCAGGAGGUGGACGGAUAUCUUCCUGCUCUAUGACACAAACAAAACAAACCACCUGGAGUACAAAGAGGUGGCCCCCGCUCUGAAGAAAGCAGGCAUCGUGGUGGACGAUUUGAUAAUGCAGCUGGUCGGACUGAGGUACACGGAGCCUGAUUUGACCAUCAGCUACCCCGGCUUCCUGUACCUGCUGAUGAAGCUGGAGAGCAUGACCCACAAAUUCCAAGCGUACGACGUGGCGGGGAUGGGAAGCAUCUCUGUGAGCUACAGACAGUGGCUCCACAUGACCAUGUACAACUGACCUGGUCCAGUCGGACGGAUUCAUCAGGAUCUGUUUAGUCUCCCGUCUCUGGUCUUCCUCCAUGAUUUUAACGUGUCUGCUUGUUUUUUCUUCACACGUAUGAAAGUAGAGCACAGUGUAGCAAACCGAGACGUUUCCUGUUUCCUAUUGGGCGGCGUCAAACAGUGACAACGGAAACAUCUUUAGAACGCUCUUCAGUCAUGGAAACAUCCCAGGUCAAAGGUCAAAGCUGUGAGAGGGAAAGUGUCAUUUGAAACAACAAAGUAUUACAAUGAACUACCCCCUUUAAAGAGAAACACAAAACAUCUAUAAAGAGACACCGGAUGACCACAAAGACGCACACAACCAGAGGGAGAUGCGUAACGACUGCAAAGAAACAAAACAACAACCAGAGGAGGCGGAGCCACUGAGAAGUCUGUGCGUCCUGCUGGAGGAGUGAUGGGGCCCGUUGUCUCGUAACCCACCUCUAGGCUCACAGGGGACAUCGGACUUGUUCCUUUAUGUGAUGAGUAAAUCCUCCUACUUCUUGGAUCAGCUUAUCUUUUUUUAGAGAUAGGUGGUUCUCACAGGACGGAGACAUAUGAUGAUCUUAUAGAAUAUGAUGCAUUGAUGUAGAUUAAACUAACCAACAGGAUAUAAAGUAAAAUGGAACAUACACAUUAAUGCAGAAGUGAUAUUAAUCCAGAAAUAUGACGUAUAAUAUAGUAAAACACUGACCGGGUGCAUUUUACUGCACUUUCAGUACUUUUACUUUCAGUCCUUUUAGUACAUUUUGCUGAUUAUACAUGCAUACUUUUACUUCUUCAAACGUCUGUUUACGUCUCAUUGGGUUUGUUGGUCUGGCCAGUUUUGUUUCCAUGAUUUGAACAUACACCGGAUAUUUGCUCACUAGUGUGGUUCUGUAGAACCUCUCAGUAGUUCCUCUCCUGACCACGGGGGACAUUUUGAGAAAUGGCCCUCUAUUCUUUGCUGAUGUCUGGUAUGUGUAAAUAUCCGUCUGCCAGCACCCUUCUUUAAAGUGAGAACAGAGUGUGUGUGUGUGUGUGUGCGUGACUGAUGUAUAAUUGUAAUGCAAUACUUUUACAUAGUUUUUACACUGUGUUAUGAAUGACGGUUUAGGAUGCCAUGUGACAGUCCAGGGCCACACUCUAACAACACGCUGUCUCUUUUUCUUUUUAAUGGAUUUCUUUUGUACGGGGAACUUAUUUGGAUGAAAACAAAAGCCAUUGCCCCUCUGCGCUCCGAAUUCUCUAAAACUUCACAUCCAAAACUCAGCCCAUUCAGAAGUGUCUCCUUCCUGCUAAUGAGCCCACCGACUGAUCCCAGAGCUGUUGGUGGCCGCGCUGCACUAUGUGGCAUCACAUGACAACAUCAGAGCUGAGGCCCGGUGCUGCUGCGGCCUAUAUGCUGCUCGGGGCCACGGUGACGCUAAUGGACCCGGACAGCCUGAGUAUGACCUACUUCUGUAGGUGGCUCCUGCGGGCGGGGGCAGGCAGCCACCCUCCAAAGCACCCCCAGUCGGCUCUCAAACGGUUUGGAUCUUGACCUCUUGGUGGUUCACCAGCUGGACGGGAAUCAGCCACUAAAGAAUAGAUUUCCCCUUUUCAGUCUUGAGAUGCUAUUUCAUAUUUUACAAGGAUACAUUUUUGAAAUAAGUGACAAUAAUCGAGGACAUUACAGUUACAUGAAAAAGCACCUUCCGGCACCUGUAUCAUCGAGUGAAGCUCAGAAACAAACAAACCCUGGUGGUCUCGGAGGAAGGUACCCCCAUGUUUGAACAAGCAGCAGCUUCCAUCCUCCUGGAUGGACACGCAGUAGAAAUAAGAAGUGGCUCCGAGGAGGAUGUUAAAUAUUUUUUCGCCCAUGCCCCUCAGACAGCAUGAGUCCGCCACUGCAAACAAAUAAAAUAUAAUUAUUCCUGUCCUGGUUUAAUAGUCAUACAGAUAUUGCACUUGCUAAAA